AUGAAACCCAACCUUGUCGCCCCGACCUUCCCACUCCGAUCUUCUCACCCCAGGACCAACGUCGAGAAGUUCCUGGCGGACUUUGGACUGGAGUCCGAGUUCUCGUGCCACUCCAACAUCCGCGGCCUGUCCGGUGGCCAAAAAGUGAAGCUGGUGCUGGCAGCGGCGAUGUGGAACAGCCCCCACCUCCUCAUCAUGGACGAGCCCACCAACUACCUCGACAGGGACUCCCUGGGCGCCCUGGCCACGGCCAUCCGCGAGUUUGACGGCGGCGUGGUCCUGAUCAGCCACAACAGCGAGUUCACAUCCACCUGCUGCCACGAGACCUGGUUCAUCAGGGACGGCAAGGUGGAGGUGGUGUCUGCCUAUGCGACAAAGCUGGAGGAGGCGCGCGCGGCCGCGGCCGCGAUGGACGUUGGCGGGGACGCAAACGGCGCCUGA